AUGAUCUUGGAUGGCGGGGACGAAGUAUUUGAAGGUGAAGGAUGUGAACAACGAUGCACCUCUAAUUUACAUUGGAUUAACGACUUUAUAGCAAAAUCACCGUUUGGAAAUAGAUUAAGAUCCCUUUUAACUGAACACCACUCCCGCCCCCGCUGCCGUCGAGUAACAUGGCAAAAAAACAAGCCAAAAUCACAGAGCCAGAAGAGCAAGAAGCAGAAGGCGUUCGUUGUUAACUCAGUGAAGAAGGCAAAAACGAAACCAAUAGCAACCAACUUGAAGAAAAUGAACCUUCAGUCAAAGGCAAAGACGGAGAAGGCUGAUGAAAGUUUCCGCUCCAUCCGGAAGGAGCUGACAGAAGCGGCUAAAACGUCGUCACAAAAACCGAAACAAUCACCAAAGGCACAGAAACUGCCAAAGAAGGACGUGGAAGCUGUUGAUAUGGAUAUUGCUGCCGAAAGCUUCUCCAAGUUGUGAAGCACGCGUGAAAUAACAUUUAUUAACUAUAUAAUAGCCAACUUUUUAAAAAAAUGAAUAUUUCCGUAUGGAUUGGAAUGUUACUGGUGAAUGAAAAAAACUGGAACAUCUAUGCGUUUGAGAGUGGAGAAAUAAGCAUAAAGAACAUACAUUAUACUAAAACUGUGCAUAACAAAAUAUACCUGUUCGGAAAUAUCUCCUGAAAUUGCAUUUGUUAAAGAAUACUUAAUUCUAAAAAUUCUCACAAGCUGUUAGGGAGGACAUCUCUGUAUUACAGUUACAUUUAUGGCAAGUAGUUGAGGUUAAUAAUAAGUUAUCAUGGAAAGGCUUGACGUUAUUUUAUACUAAUUUAAUAUAAGGCACAGUUUCUUUUUUUCCGUAUAGUUGAUAUUGAUGGUGUUUGUUUUUAUCAAAAUGUUCUCUACUUGUAAAGUAAACUUUGAUUGUGUACCCUUAUAAAAUGUGUUUGAGACGGAACUGUUUGCUUGUAUUGUUUUUGAUGUUAUUACUGCUUUUGAUAGUGUCUUAAAACGAAAUUGAGUAUGUAAACUACACUCUUCAAAAUUGAUAAAGAGUCAUUAAAACGACUGUUUUUUUUAACUUUUAUACAUAAACUGUCUACAUGAAAUCGUAGCUAGGUCCCUUUAUACUGUAAUGACCGACUGUGUUUCUCAGCUUUUGUCUGAAAUCAGUAUGUUCUAUAUCAGUGAAUGAACCAUUCACUGUUAGAUGAUCAAUAAAUAAUUUUGCAGAGUGUAUUAUCAUACCAAAUUCAUUGCAAAUAAAUAAAUAAAAAACAA